AAUGAUUCACUGUUAAAUAUUUUUAAAACAUUAACUAAUAAUUAAUUAUUUUAUUUUUAGCAAUACCACAGAUUAGGUGAAAUCUGAGACGAUCCCAAUAACUAAACCUAAUUCGUUCGAAAAGAAACACUUAACUUUUUUAUAAUAUAAAUAUAUAUAUUUUUAUUUUUAUUAAGUUUUACUACUAAGUAAGUAGUUCAGUAUAACAUGGUAUAUUCAAUAAUCAAUAAUAUCAUAGAGCAAAGUAAAUUUAAAUAACUAAAAUAUACAUCUUAGGAUUAAAAGUUGUUUUUGAAAUCAACUUAUGGAUCGCUGAAAUACAUUUUGUUGAUAUCAAUACAAGUUGAUUAUAAAUUUCAAAAAGUUGAUAAGGAUAAUAUUCGUUAGAUUCUUACUCUGUGGUUGCUUUACUUUAAAUUCUCAAAGACUAUCAGUAUUUUUAUUGAUAUUUUGUCAGUUAAAUAAAUUUUUUAAUAUUUGACAAUAAGAACUAAAUUUCCUUCUGUACUACUGUAUUAUUUUUUUUCUAUUAUUAAAUCAAAUUUGUUUUUAUUCAUAAUUUUUUUAUAUAUAUUGAAACAGUAAGUUGUAUUUAAAUGGAUCAUAAUAUUAUGCAUAGUUGUGAAUUAAUAUUAGGAAAGAUUAUAGAAUAAACUAUAAUGUAUUUAUUCUAUAAUCAAUAAUAAUAGUCAUGUCUGCUGAUAUUAAAUGUUUAAAAUGGAACAAAACAAUUUUAAGACCAACCAAUGUCUUGGAUUAUUCAGAAUACACUCUAGCCUUGCAACCAUCAUAUUGGCUUAGUUUGAAGACAAAACAUCAUCCGAUAAAAGUAUCAUUUUUAGGACAAAAAAAUAGAUUGGCUUCUUUAGACAAUUCAAAUAACAUAUAUGUAUACGAUUGGACCAAAGCUAAUAUAAAAAUUAUCAAGACAAAAUAUGAACACAAAGGUAAACUUACAAAUCUAGCAAGCAAUUAUCUAGGAAAUAAAAUUGCUACAUGUUCAGACAGUGGAAAAAUACAGUUAUGGAAUUUUCAGUUUUCAAACUACAAGAUAUUAACUGAAUUUAGAGGUCAUUUUCAUUCAAUACGUAAUAUUGAAUAUUCCUCAGACAAUAAUUAUUUAAUUUCUUGUUCUAAUGAUAAAACAUUUAAAAUAUGGGAUUGUCAAACUAAUAAGUUUGUUGCUAGUAACAUGUUCCAUAAUAAUUGGGUAAAUAUGGCUAAGUUUUUCAAUUGUAACAAAUUAGUCGUAUCUUGUUCAAGAGAUUCAUACAUACAAGUUUUUGAUUGCUGUUCUGGCAAAUGUGUUGUUAAGUUCAAUUUAAGUCCAGAUUAUGCUGAAACUCUUACACUUAAAGAGGAUUUUUCUAUUGCUGUGGGUACUAACUUAGGCUCCAUUCAAGUGUUUGACUUAAGGGCAUUAAAAGUUUUACAAAUGUAUAACAAACACACAAGUCAAGUUAAUUGUAUUCAGUAUCAAUAUAAAACACCAUGUUUAGUUUCAGUUUCAAAAGAUAAAAAACUUAAUGUUUAUGAUACUAUUGAAGGAAGAUUUUUGUAUUCAAUUUAUCACUUAAAUGAAAUAAAAUCAAUGGAUAUUUCUUCUAAUGAUCAGUUACUUGCAACUACAUCAUUUCGUUUUGAUAAUGAGGUCACAUUAUGGAAACUAGAAACUAUGAAAUUUUAGUAUUUUACAUUUUAAGGUAUAUAAUUAUAUUUUAUUUAUUUGUUAACACUUAAUUUUAAAUUCUAUGUAUAUCAAUUUAAAGGAAGUAAAAUAAUAUUUUUUUAACUUUUAGAAAGAAAUUUAAUACUCACAAGCAUGUGUUUUUUCUUUCGCUUUUAACUAAUUUUGAAUCAGAGUCAAUCACUUUUAAAUAAUUUUAACAUAUGGUUUUUAAGAAAAUUAACUAUUGAUUUUCUCU